AUGGCCAUACUAUUCACCAUUCCAAUCACUUCAACUGGAGGUUCGAUUGUGUGCACCAAUCCGACUGAGGAUCAGAAUAUAUAUGUGUUGACGUUCACAUCGCCAAAAGACAACAGAUUAACACCAACAUUUAUCUAUGCACUACUUCUAGCCCUGGACAUCAUUGAAACUCGCUACCCGAAGGGUGUCGUAGUCACGACGAGCGGCAUAGCAAAGUUCUAUAGCAACGGCCUUGAUCUGGAACUUGCGUUAAGCACAGAAGGAUUUUUCGAGAAGAUCCUAUGGCCAUUAUUCCGACGUUUUCUCACGUACCCUAUGCCCACAGUAUGUCUUCUAAACGGACAUGCCUUUGCAGGCGGCUUCAUGUUGGCCAUGUACCACGACUACCGGGUACAGAAUCCGUCAAAGGGAUUCCUCUGCGUCAACGAGCUUGAAUUUGGCGUUCCACUUGCAACGCCCAUGAUGUCAAUCUUCCGUGAGAAGUUGCCGCCCACUGUUUUCAGAAAUGUGGUCUUGGAGGCCCACCGUUUCGGUGGGCACGCCGCGCUAGAGGCGGGAAUUGUUGAUGCAGUAGGUGGGAUUGAUGGGGUUCUUAGUUUGAUUCGUGAUCGUAAGCUUUUGACCAAGGCUAAGACGGGAAUUUAUGGUAUCAUGAAAGAGGAGAUGUACUCGCGCGUUCUGAACGGGCUUGAUGAUCAUGCGGGCAAUCUUGCGUGGCGUGAUAAAGUAGAGGCGAAGAAGAAAGGGAUACAAGUACAGGGAUUACAGGCAGUCGAAAAAUGGGAGAAGAAGGAUAAGGCAAAGCUAUGA